AAAAAAAAAUAUAUAUAUAUAUUCGUGUUAUUGAAUGUUAAAAACUUUUUAGACAUUUUAUUUAUCCAUGGAGGGAAACUAAUUGAAAUUAUCGAUUGCUAUCGCUGCAUGUUUUGAUGUAUAACGUAGAGAGGGCAUACCAUACAUUUUUUAUAAGUCUUUAGUAAAAAAUCAGAAACAAAAUAAAUUAUUAUAUAGAAAAUACAAAAAUAAUGUACAAGAAGUACGUAAAGAUUAUUAAAAAAAAGCAUUGAACGAAAUUAUGCUUUCAUCUAUAAACAUUUUCAAAUUUCGCAAUUUAUAAUAUCUAUUGCCCAUACUCACGUAUUGUAUCUUAUCGUUUGAUAACAGCUAACCCUUUUAUAUUUGAUUUUAUUCGGAUGUAUAUAAUUUAAAUUUCAUUCUUCAAACAUUAUUUAUCAUAUUCGGCGGAAAGAAAUACGUACAACGUAACUUCUUUUUUUUCUUUAAAGCUAUUAAAUCCAUUUAUUAAUAUUAUUUACGUAUUUGAUAAAAUCUUUAACGCGUUAAGUGCGCUUUUAUAUAUAAAUGCAUAUAAAUCCCCGACCUACUAAUUAUAUAUUCACCGAAGAAAUACUACGCGGUAUACGGUCUUCCUCUUUCUAUUCUGCCAUCACCAGGUCAACAUCCGACCAUCGAGACAUUCUCAAUCGGCUACUCAAUCACCCUGAAUCUAAAAGAGACGAAAUAAAAGAAGAAAAUCGAUCGGAUCUCUAUAUACGGGAGAUCACGAAGUGCCGAUUGCCGCGAGUCUAUUACAACUCGAACAGUAUCGGUAGCGGCAUUUUACGGAGAAAGUUGAUUGGCUCGAGGCGGCGAGCGCGGCGAUGGUGGGGGAAGCGCUUCCAACAAGAGGGCGGAUUGGUUCAGUUACGCACGUACUCGCGCUGUCAGUCGGUAAACGUACGCCGUGUUGUACGGUUUAGUCGUUUGUAAUUUGGUCCUGGGGCAAGUGUUCGCGCGUGUUAUCCGUUUCGCGAGCUUAAACACAACUAACGUAAGCUCCUCAACACGCCGCGCGUACUUACGCUUCUCUGUAUGCCGUGUCGUUGUGUUCGUCUUUUCGCGCGUCGAGGGGAUCGUGGUCCCGAUGUGAUAAAUGUAAUAAUGCAGUCUGACAAAUAUAAUGCAGUGAAGUGAAACGUGUCCUGGGCGCGGCGACUCCGGCAGAAGGAAGGAAGAGAAGCCUAGUAGAAGCUGGCCGGCAUGUGCACGCAGUCCAGCCGCGGCAUCACCACUGCUGCUGUCAUAUUGGCGAUGUUCCUCUGCCGGAUUUGCUCCGCCGAGGAACAGCCAGGUUCCUCUAGUGGACCCGGUCUCCUGGAAUCUUGCAACGUCACUGCCGACGGACGGGAGUUCUCCUGCCGCGGGGCUGGAUUCCUGUCCAUCCUGGAGCCUCUCGAUGUCACUGUACUUCCAUCCACAGUCAAUCUUACUAAACUAGACCUAACGAGCAACAACAUAACAGACAUUCCAGCCCGUGCCUUCCAUCGAAUUUUCAAUCUUGAAGUGUUAUUACUUCGACGAAAUCAUUUGCACACGAUCGCCGACGAUGCAUUUACGAACUUAACGAGCCUUCGAGUAUUGGAGCUCGAUGACAAUUAUUUAACAAAAAUUCCGACCGCGAUCGUUAAGCUCUCUGGCCUUGAAGACCUGUCCCUGUCGAACAACCGGAUCGAAACACUGGAGGAAUACGUUUUUCAGCGUGUCACUAAUCUAUUGUCGCUCGAUCUACGCGGAAAUCCGAUCAAGGAAAUACACGGCAACACUUUCCGCAAUCUACGCAAGCUCCGUAAAUUAAUCCUUUCGAAUCUGAAGGAAUUACGGAUAUUUCCGAAUCUAAAUGGGACAAAAUCGCUGGAGGUAUUGAGGUUAGAUCGCGCACAAGUGACGAGCGUUCCAACAAGUUUGUGCGAGCAGUGUCCAAAAUUGAAAAGUCUCGACAUGAAAUCGAAUUUUCUAACGGAGAUGCCAAAUUUACGAAAUUGCAGCGAACUAAGGGUUCUGGAUUUGGCCAGUAACGUGAUUCCUUCAUUGCCAGAUGAGCCGUUUAAAGGUCUGAACAUGUUACACGACCUGCUUCUGUCGAACAACAAGCUGCAAGUGAUCCCAAGCGACGCGUUCGUCGGGUUGUCAAGGCUGCAGGUGUUGGAUCUAGAGAGCAAUUACAUCGAAUAUAUUCAUCCCGAUGCGUUUAAAGAGACGAAACAUUUAGAGGAUUUAAAUCUCGGGAAUAACGUAUUUCCAGCACUGCCAACAUUGGGACUGUCAGGCCUGUUACACCUCAAGACAUUCAACAACCCAGCAUUAAGGGAAUUCCCGGCUCCCGAAAGGUUUCCACGUGUGCAAACGAUGGUACUGUCGUACGCUUAUCACUGUUGCUCGUUCCUGUCGGUCGAAGUGGAGGAUCCGGUGACCAAGUCCUCCGUUCAAGAGUCUAUCCUGUUCCCCACUGACAACGAUUUCGAUAUGAUCCUCUGGAACUCGAGCUUUACCGAUAUCUGGCCACAGCUUAAUAACAUGACCGACAAAUUUGGCUCGCAAAUAAAUGAACUUUGGGCUAACUUUGGUUCAGAUUUUACGUACCCUGGUAACCUGCCCUCAUACGUUGAGGAUUAUUUUGAAGAGCAAAACAGCCGAGCUACCCAACCAGCUCGAACACUGCCUUCUCACGUACAGUGCCUACCUCAACCUGGUCCUUUUCUACCCUGCCAGGAUCUCUUCGACUGGUGGACUCUACGUUGUGGUGUAUGGGUAGUAUUUCUGCUCGCCAUGCUUGGGAAUGGAACUGUAGUGUUCGUGUUAAUAUUCUCCAGGAGCAAGAUGGAUGUCCCACGAUUUCUCGUUUGCAACCUUGCAGCAGCAGACUUUUUUAUGGGCAUUUAUCUAGGUCUUUUGGCGGUGGUGGACGCUUCUACCCUAGGAGAAUUCCGAAUGUAUGCCAUACCAUGGCAAACUUCCGCUGGAUGCCAGUUAGCCGGCUUUCUAGGUGUUCUCAGUUCUGAGUUGAGCGUGUAUACGUUAGCAGUUAUUACUCUAGAAAGGAACUACGCCAUAACACAUGCCAUGCACCUGAACAAGAGACUUUCCCUCAAACACGCUGGUUAUAUAAUGACUGCUGGCUGGGGUUUUGCUCUGUCGAUGGCAAGUUUACCCCUAGUCGGUGUAUCAGAUUAUAGAAAGUUCGCUAUAUGCUUACCAUUCGAGACCAAUGGAAACGCGGCGUUGGCGUACGUGAUCUUUCUCAUGCUGAUCAAUGGCGUUGCGUUUCUCAUAUUAAUGGGAUGCUACCUGAAGAUGUAUUGCGCGAUCAGAGGCUCCCAAGCGUGGAACUCAAAUGAUUCUCGAAUUGCUAAGCGGAUGGCUCUGCUGGUGUUCACCGACUUCCUCUGCUGGUCCCCCAUAGCGUUCUUCUCGCUGACUGCCACGUUUGGGUUGCAGCUGGUGUCGCUCGAACAGGCGAAAGUAUUCGCCGUGUUCGUACUGCCAUUAAACUCCUGUUGUAACCCGUUUUUAUACGCCAUCUUGACCAAACAGUUCAAGAAAGAUUGCGUACUUAUUUGCAAGGCGAUCGAGGAGUCCAGGGUGACCAGGGGGAUCGGCAGAUGCCGGCAUAGCUCCAACUUCAGCAACAGGCAGACCCCUGUAAAUACGAAUAGCCUGGUAGAUAGGUCGUCGCGAGAGAAUCAGGCACCGUGCGCCUGUAAUUCAAGAUUACUUGAAACUAGCCAGUGUUCUGGUUAUCGACGAUGGGGCACCAGGAUACUGUGGCCAUGUGCCAGGGACACCAGGCCUAGACACGCACGUAGCGACCAGUACGCUUAUCAGAUCGCGGAGAUCCAACAGAAGCAGCAUAAACGAGCCUCGUCGGUGUCCUCCAGUGAAAAUUUUUCUUCGUCUAGAUCGGAUUCCUGGAGACAAACUCAUCAUUGCGGUAUUCCAUUGAGGUUAUUAGAUCCUAAACGAAGAGCUUCUUCGUGGUUGAUCACCAGGAAACCGUCGCAAGAAUCGAACCUCAGUUCCUCCAGAAACGAUUCCUCCGGUUCCGCUACUACUGCCAGCACCAGCACCUGGAGAAUUUCAAGGUCUAGUGCAUCUUUAGAGAUUAAUGCGAGGAACACGCCCAGACCAACUAGGUCAAAGCCACGACUUACCCGUCAGCUGGCCAUCCAGGAGCCUGAACCACCCGGAUCACCAAGCAGAUUAGCCGUCAGGCUCCUCGCAACCAUACCCUCCGCGGCAGAGACCAGUGACCAGCAAGAUGACGACAAUACGCCGCAAAAUUGAACGAUCUUACACACACUUCAGUUUAUUAGAGAUUAUAGUUGGUUGUAAUAGAGUAAAGAUAUGGGUCACGUUGCUCCCGAACGGUUUCAGUAUUAAGUGUUCUCUAAGAGGUAUGUGAGGAAGGAGAGAAUCACUCCGUACAUUGACGAUUCUCGUUGUUGCAUGUUUGAGGUGAUUUGAGCGAAGAAAAAAUUGACAAUUUAGUAGAGAUUCUUCUUUCAACGUUUGUGAUUAAAUACGUUGUUUGUAAUAUACGCAUAUAUAUAAUGUUGUUUAAAAAAUAUUACGUCUUUAUUUUUUGUUUUCUUCUGGAUUGUUUCUUUGGUAAGGAGUCUUUUGUAUUGAAGAAUCUGCAAGACGUUGAAAGAGGAAGAAUAUAACUAUACUUUUAUUCUCUUCAUACAAUUAUUUAUGCUAAUUUCAGUAGAAGAGCGAACGAUGUAGAUCGUUUGGACUAGUGGAAAAAACAGGAUCGAUCUACGUUUAUUGACCGUCCGUUACACGUGCACAUAGGCAAUUGCACCAAGUGCAACUGGUGAAUACAAUAGUCAUAUUCGUAAAAUACUGCCAAGGAUUUUUAACAUGUUGACUGUCAAAGGAAUUUUAUACUUUUUACGAACAUUUCAUAAAAUGAUAUUUCGUUUAUAUCAAUAUAAAAAGAAAAUAAAAAUACAACAGCAAAGAAUUUGCUAUACUAUUUUUCAUAUGUAAUAUUUAUUUCUAUGUAUAAGUGUAAUCUGAAAAUUUAUCACGUAUUAUAAAGUUUCACCAAAAAAAAAUUUCCAAGACAGGCAACGUGUUUAUUUAAUUUAAUUUGACAGAAGAAUUCAAACAUAUGGAGAAACGUGUCAAUUUCAUUGGGUCUUCUACCAUAAGAAGAAUUGUAACUUCAAAUCCAUGACGAUGAACUCAACGUUCUACUAUAGUUUUCAAUUAAAAUUAGAGCGUUGAACUAUUUAUUGAUAACUUAAAAAUAGGGCACACAGUAUUCUUUCUUCUUCUCUUUUUUCUUUUUUUUUCUUUUGUGGAAAAUUAUUCGACUCAAUAGGAACUCGAAUGCUUCUUUAUUCGUUGUUCAAAAGAAAAUCUGUUUAUCGCGGAAUCAGUAUUUCAAAUCCAUUGUUCGAUUGUUAAUAAGUAUGCUUGUGUUUUCAUAAGACUGAUCGUUUAUACAAUUUGUCCUAUAAUUCUGGAUUUCUAGUUGAAAAUCUGAACACGUAAUACGAUUUCUAAUCAAGUAUCAUGAUACCAGUGACGAAAUAUCUAACGAUUAAUUUAUUUGUUAAUAUCCAAGUUGGUCGAUAAAUUCUCAAAUAAGUUGGAUUACAUUGAAAUUUUAAUGUACUCAAUGAAUAAAUCUUUUUUAUGUAAAAACAUCCUUGUAGGGCAGGAAAAUUGAUUUUAGCUUGAGUCAUGUAGCAGUAUAUAAUUAUUUGAGAAUUUAUAGACUAACUUGAGGCCAAUGUAUCCAUUGCUGUGAUCGUUAAUCACAAAGAUGAACGACCAUAAAUUUGUGCAGUUAUAGUUAGUUGAUCGUUAGGUCACAGUUAGACCAUUCUAGCCUAAAGACUAUUAUAAGAUCGUUACGGCGUGUGCAGAUGUUUAUACAUGGUUUAAAUUAAUGACAAAGAUAUUCGCUAGUAUUAGUUACCGGACUUAAUUGUUGAUGAGUGCGUUAUUUCGUUCUUCGCGCGAUUGUUUCUAUGUUUAAUGCCGUUUGAGACCUUCAGAUUGUAAUUCUUGCCUUUUUGGAAGGAUAUUCUAUAGUUACAUCCAGUUUUAUCAAAUAGGCAGUACCUUUUAAACUUUUAAUAAAACUUAAGAAAGAGAGAGUAGAAAUUAAUAAAAAAAUUAUAAAAUAAUCUUAUGUAUAUUGUAUUAUACAUUAUAUAUAAAAUAAUUAUUCGUAAGAAAAAAAAAGCAACACACUUGAUCACUGUAACCUGAUAAAACUAUUUGGACUAUAGACUUUAAAAUAUUGUUUCCGAAAAAAACCAGAAUUUACAUCUGAAAAUCUUGAACUGUAUAAACUGUAUGAACCUAAGCCACAGAAGGCUACAAAUUCUAAUUUGCUGCAACCAUGUCUAAUUUUGUCGGCAGUCAACAUUGGUGUAACACCGAUGGAAAACAUGUUUUGUGUGUGUGUCCGGUCCAAACUAUUUAAUAACGUUUUUCUAAUAAAAUAGCGCAUUACGACAAA